AACCUGCAGGUCAUGAACUUUCCCACGAACGGCCGUUCACGUGAACUGGUUCAUAAACUUCAAUACAUCAAUAGAUUUUCUAUUAGCCCAGCCACCGCAGACCGCCGUUUAGCCCACCCCUCUGAUAAUAGACUGGUCAACGGAUGUGGAUGUGACACAGACAGGGAAGGUUAUGGAUGUCCAGGCUAUGCAGUUGGGCUGGAGCGAUGCAAAUGUUGCAGGUGUGUGUCGAUGUCGUCCUUAUCACAUUUGCUCGGUUAAACUAUCUUCAGAGCAUACAACAGACACCGGUGGAGGAGUGAAUACUAUGCUCACUUCAAUCAAACACUCUCGCGGGUUCCAGCCAAAGGCACGGAACCAGCUCAUUUGUCGUCUCAUGUUUCAUGUUUGUAAGUCAAGUCAUCCUGGUUGCUGCCAUGUGCAGAACAUGUCCACAGAUAAGCUCAAACAGAAGACUAUGAAAUGUAAUGUGGCUCAUCUUGGUGUCAUCUCAUCCCUGAAAACUCUACUGCGGCAAAAUUUGACCGACACUACUCAUCGCAUGCUUGUUGCCCCGAAUGCAUGCAUGUCCAGUUUAUCUUUCGAGCCAGUGCUGAUUUGGUCUACUCAUAUCAGCCCUAUAACUGUUAUGGCAACCUCGACAGUGAAGAUGACGAUGAUACGGAUGAUGAGCUAGACUGGUACCCCAACUCGGGGUUAACGCUAAAACCUUAAAGAGCGAGGCUUGAGCCAAUCAGAGAGCGAGAAACGGUGGACCCGCGCUAUUAGGUAACCUAAUAUAAUGUUCAUGAACGGAUUGUGAACGGUUCACAAACGGUUCGUGUGACCCUCCUUGGACCCUGAAAGUUCAUGAACUUUGGUUCACGCGGUUCACGUGAAGUUCAUGCCCAACUCUACCCAUCAGGGUCCUGAUUCUGGAGGAACUGCGGGGUACGUAAUCAACGAAUGAAGGCAUCAAACAGUACAUGGGGGCACACUAUCGAGCGGGCCAACUAGUA